AGCUCCAGCUCCAGCUCCCCCCAACGUACACUUGGGCUGCCCCACCACCACCACCGCCGCCGCCCCACCCGAUUCAAAUCUGAGCCGGCCAACAUCCGCGCACCACCACCAGAAGCGGCAGCGGCAAUCACACUCCUGUCAGCCCCACUCCAGCGCAGCCCCCCACGCCGAACCCGCCGCCCAGAUCCGACCGACCCCAUGGGCGCCGAGCCGGACCAGCCCCCCUCCCCGCCGCCGCCGGAGCGGACCGCCUCGCCGGAGCGGGACGCCCUCCGCAGCGACGACCGGGAUUGGAAGGCGGAGAUGAUGUCGGCGCUGGGGGAGUCGGUUUCCUUCGGCCGGUUCCUCGCCGAGCCGCUCGAGUGGGGGCGGUGGUCGGCGUUCGAGCACAACCGGUACCUCGAGGAGGCCGCGGGGCAGUCCCGCCCCGGAUCCGUCGCGCAGAAGAAGGCCUUCUUCGAGGAGCACUACGCCAGGAAGCGGAAGAGCGCCGAUGUUGACGACGAGGGGCAUGAUGCUGAUGCGGACGGUGCGGACGGCGGCGGCGGCGAGGCCUGGUCUGCGGACUCCUCGUGUAUGACGGAUGAGCCCGCGGGGGAGGAGGAGACCGGCGGCGUAGAUUCGGGUGCUCCGGAGGAUUGCGGCGCCGUUGUCGCUGCCGCUGUGCCGCCGGGGGAAGCGCCUCAGGAGCUCAAGGCCGUGCUGGACGGUGCUGCUUCAUCUUGCCGCUUGGAUAGCACGGACGAGCAGCGUGAUGUGCAGGUUGCUGAAGCGAGAAAGGGGCUGCAGUUGGAUACUGAAUGUGUCCUGGCUGCUGUCGACGCCGUUGAGAAGCAGCCGUUGCAGGAGAGUUCGAUUGUCAAUCAGGGUGUAGCAGAUUCUGUCGAGAAAAAGAGACAUCCAAUGUCUUCGCUGUUUCAGAAGCCUGUGGAAUUCAGUUCUCCCCCAUCAGGAAAGAAAGUGCCGUCUUCGUCAGCGAAAAGGCGGUCGACGCUGCGUCCAGCAAAGGAGAACAGCUCACCAUUUCCUGCUACUGACAGUAACAAGCAAGAAGAGACUUCAGUUGCUCAGAAAGGGUCGAUAUUGGGUACACUGAACUUCAGGAGAUGUGAAAUAGGCAAUCCUGCCUCGAGAUCAAGAAAUCUUGGCUCCACAAUUGCUUCAAGGAUUAGUCAGCUGGAGUCUGCAAGUAGGCCGGAGAAAGAUAUUCAUCCUAAGGUGAACAAGCAGAGGCGGACAAGCAAGGGGUUCUGCAAAGGUAUUCCAGAAGCAGCUUCCUUUACAACUCAACAGCCUGAACAAAGGUCUCCAUAUGUCAGUGUGACGAGGGUCAAAGAAAAGUUGUUUGGUUCAACUUCGCCACCGCCGCAUCCGGAAACCAGUGUAGCUAAAGAAAAUAUGGGAAAAGCCAACGAUGAACCUGAAUUGAAAGAAAUGCAUCAGAGCGUUCGUUUCAAGGCCAGGUCACUGCCAAAUUUUUAUUGGAGAAGUAAAGAAUCAAAGGAUUCAAGGCAGGGGACACGAGAGACCCACCAAAAUCCGCCGCACAGCAAUCAUAGACUGAAUGAUGAUGCCAGCGACCCACACGGAAUGACCAGAGGAGCCUCGAAGGACAAACAAAUAUGUUGCUUCCCACUUAUAAGGCGGUAGUAAUGCUUGUAGGCGGCCUUUCAGUAAAUAGUAGCUUGUUCAUUUAAUUUGAUUAUUAUGUUCGUGUAACUACCUAUGGCUUCUGUCGGUAGUUAUACUAUUAUUGGUAUCCUAUAUAUCCUUCUAAUGUAUAGUCAGAUUCCCUUUUGUAAUCAUGACUAGCAUUUUCUUGCUUGGAAAAUAAAGCACAUGCGUUGAGAAGUAUUA